GGUAUUCGCGAAAAAACCGCACAUCGAAAAAAAUUGCAAUAAAAAUUAAAACUCAUUUCAUUGAACCCGCCUCGCUGCUUGCAAGCAAAAUACUUGCUGUGCGUAAUAAUUUAUAGUCAACAAAUCGGUUUAUUUAAAUCGAAAUCAUGUGAUAACCGUGUGUUUUACUAGUUCUUUGUCUAAAAGUCGCAUUAAUUAUAAUAAUAGGACUUAAAAUGAUAUAAUUAAGUGUUAAUUAUUAUAAAAAACAUACUAAAUCGAUACAGUAUUUUAAACUAUACGAAGGAUUAAAAUAUUUUGCUGUGUUAUUAUUUAUAUUGUGCUUACAAGGCGUGUGGUCAAACGAUCUAAUUAAUAUUCAGACAGUGUUUUCUUUACGUAAUAAACGUGUUUCUUGUAUAUUUUAUGUGUUGAAAACGGGGCCUUCGAUUUUAUAGAACUCACAAUAAAGAAAAGAAAGAGAAAACGUGAGAAAAAAAUGAAACAGCGCCAUCUACCGUCAAGAGUAACCAACACCUAACGCCAUCUAUCGGAGAAGGUGGUUAAAAUGCUUCCGGGAAACCCCCUAUAGACGCAAUGCCCCGAUUAAAAUAUGCGUCUAUUCUGCGUGUACUGGUUAUAUUGGGGCUGUUCUGUUUAUGGGUGCAAAUCAUGCUGUCGGCGACCAAUGGUGCCAUGGAGAAGGAUAGCGAAGAGCUGAUGAAUACCAACGACACGUCGGAACAGGUGCUGGCGUUGGUACCACCAGAACUGCACAAGUAUCUGACGGUGCACCCUAGGAAUGCUACAGCAAAUUCAACCGAGAGAUAUGGGCCCAAGAAUGUGUCGGAUAUACUGCGAGCGAUCCAAAGGGUCAACGAAGCACAAACUAUUUACAACGAAGACAUCUUCGGCCCCGUGCUGAACGACACCGUCAUUAUUGCGAUACAAGUCCAUACCCGCCUCACCUACCUCAGGCAUCUAGUAGUGUCUCUCGCACAAGCUAAAGACAUAGACAAGACGCUACUAAUCUUCUCCCACGACUAUUACGACGAAGAGAUCAACAGUUUAGUGAGGAGCAUAGACUUCACUAAGGUGAUGCAAAUCUUCUUCCCCUACUCAGUACAAACACACCCCACGGAGUUCCCCGGGAUGGAUCCCAACGAUUGUCCCCGGGAUGCCAAGUUGGAACAAGCCAUAAAACUAAAAUGCAACAACGCUCUACACCCGGAUUUACACGGUCAUUACCGGGAGGCGAAGUACACACAAACCAAACACCACUGGUGGUGGAAGGCCAACAGGAUAUUCAACCAGCUGCAGUGUACCGCCAGCCAUACAGGCAUGGUAGUCUUCCUAGAGGAAGACCACUACGUGGCAGAGGAUUUCCUACACAUGCUAAACCUCUUGCGAACCACAGCGGACAAGACCUGUCCGCAAUGCGAGAUCCUUUGCUUGGGUACUUACCUCAAGACUUAUCAGUACCAUAGCAAUAGUGAUAAGAGAAAGAAACACCUUACCCUGAGCUACAUACAACAAGUGCGAGCAGUCAGUGAAGAGAGAAGAAAGAGACAGCACGAAGGCCAAACAUGGAACUACCAAGUGUACCCGAAUUUCUAUUCUAGCACCCAAAAGGUCGAAAUAACACCCUGGCAUUCAAGCAUGCACAAUAUGGGUAUGGCCUUCAACAGAACAGUAUGGGAGAACAUUCUGGAACUGCAAGAUCAGUUUUGCGCAUACGACGAUUAUAACUGGGACUAUUCCUUGCUGCAUUUAUCUCAAAACCGACCUGGCAGAGAGAAGUUUAAGGUUAUAUUGUGCAAAGGGCCACGAGUCUUCCAUAUUGGCGAAUGUGGAUUCCAUCACAAGAAGUCAAACUGCAACGCGUCUACAGUAAUAAGCAAAGUACAGAAACUCCUACAGGAAGCGAAAUCCAACUUCUAUCCUUCACGCGUGACUGCCACGAUCAGUGCGGGUGGUGCUAAGCAUAAUAAGAAGUUAACUAAAGGAAAUGGGGGGUGGGGGGAUAUAAGAGAUCAGGAGCUGUGCACGAAUAUGACGCAAGUGGGCAGGCAGAUGAGAAAAUAUAUAUACUAUGCGUAACACAAGUUAAAUGUUAUAUCAUAUACGUAACACUUACAUUUUACAUGUAACACAAU